GGCGCUCGCCGGGAUUGGCCGGGGGCCGGCGGAAGGGGCGUGGCGCGGCGGGCGGAGCGCGCGCGAUGGCGGGCUGGCGCGGGGCGCUGAUCGUGCUGGAGGGGGUGGACCGCGCCGGGAAGAGCACGCAGUGCCGCCGGCUCGUGCAGAGCCUGCGCGCCGCCGGGCUCCGCGCCGACCUGCUCCGCUUCCCGGAGAGAUCAACGGAGAUUGGGCAGCUGAUCAGCUCCUACCUGGUGAAGGACAAGAACCUGGAGGACCACACCAUUCACCUGCUCUUCUCUGCUAACCGCUGGGAACAUGUACCACUGAUGAAAGAGAAACUGCAUAAGGGGAUCACGCUCGUAGUUGACAGAUAUGCCUUUUCUGGGGUGGCCUUCACAAGUGCCAAAGAGAACUUCUGCCUGGAGUGGUGCAAACAGCCUGACAUUGGACUCCCAAAGCCAGAUCUGAUUCUGUUUCUUCAGUUAAGCCCAGAAGAAGCAGCAAAACGAGGCAACUUUGGAAGUGAACGUUACGAGAACAGCUCUUUCCAAGAGAAAGUUCUACAGUCCUUCUAUCAUCUCAUGACAGACAAGACAUUAAACUGGAAGCUAAUGGAUGCUUCAAAGAGCAUAGAAGACUUGCACAGAGAAAUCAAGUCCAUUGCAGAGGAAACCAUCCAGGAGGUUCAGAAUAAACCUUUGGAAGAACUUUGGAAAUAAAAUUUUAUACAGGUUAUUCUUUUAGACCUAAGGGAAAACUCUUAGAUCCUCCUUGCUUGGUUCACUCCCAUACAUCACCCCUUCCAGUAACUACAGCUUAGAUCUCAGAUAUUCUUCUGAGUCCAGCAUGGUUCUGAUGUCCUUAUGAUUUUGUCUGCUCCUCCCCUUCAUCCUGCAUAGUCCCUUCUAUAUUUUAUACACGAACAUGCGAUGAGCAUGUAACAAAUUCCUUGUAAACCCCUCCCUACCUCAAGCAGGAGCUCUUGUUCUAGCUCCAGUCACACCAUGCAGAUGUGGGUAUGGAGCCCAGGGCUGCCCCUGGACAGGCAGCAGCAAUGGGCAGGCAAUAGCCAUCCCAGCUCUGGGGAACUGCCAUGUUUCAGAUUCUUCUGCCUCUCUAGUAAAUGCAUCCCCAGUGCUGAAACCAGUUUGUAGAGGACUUGCUAAUAAAUUAUUCUUUAAAACA